AUGACUGACGUGCUCAGCAUCCUGCGACAGUACUACAUCCAGAAGAAGGAGAUUGUGGUGAAGGGAAAUGAAGUGAUCUUUGGCGAGUUUUCCUGCUCCAAGAACGUGAAGACCAACUAUGUGAUUGGGAGGCCCAGGAAGGAAGACCAGCCCAGAGAAUACUACACGUUGGAGGCUAUCUUAUUUCUCCUUAAGAAAGUGCACCUUGCUCAUCCAGAUUAUGUUCGAUGCGCUGUCUCAGAAAAUAUCCCUGUGGUUAUCAGACCUGACCGAAAAGAUCUCCUUGGGUAUCUCAGUGGUGAAGUACCAACAUCAGAAAGUAUAGAAAGAAGUGCCCCCCUGGAAAUAUGUUUUCAGAGAUCCACUCAAGUAACACCAGCUUCAUGUGAAGUUUUACCAGCAGCAAAGAAACCCCGAGUUGAGGAGGAAGAGGCUAUGUGCCCUGAUAGAGAGAGACUGGCUGCUCUACUGCAGGGCCGUAAAGAAGGAAUUGUGCAGACUGCGCAGAUCAGGCCUUUGUCUGAAGCUAUGUCAGUGGAAAAAAUUGCUUCCAUCAAAGCCAAAAUGAUGGCUAAGAAAAGAGUGACUAUCAAGACUGAUCUGGAUGCUAUAACUCCACUUAAACAUAGGCCUUUUGUGGAUGCCAAGGUGAAACCGAUCGGAGACAUAGUCUGCAGAGAGAGGGUAUGGAGGACACGAACAACUAUCUUACAGAGCACAAGAAACUUAUCCAAUAAUAUUUUUGCAAUUCUUCAAUCUAUAAAAGCUAGAGAAGAAGGAUGGACAGCUCAGCAGCAACCAGUUCCACUUCAAGCAUCUGUGGAGCCCACGUUGUAUCCUAAACAGUCUACAACAACUGCCUACAACAGAUAUGACCAGGAAAGAUUCAAAGGGAAAGAAGCAACAGAAGGCUUUCAAAUUGACACGGUGAGCACCUACCAUGGCAUGACACUGAAGUCUGUAAGUGAAAUUGCAUCUGCUCCCAUGUCUCACACUCCACCAGCCCAGCCUGUACCGAGACCAGUUUCUCAAGCAAGGCCUCCCCCAAAACAGAAGAAAGGAUUGCAGACACCCAUUAUCAUAAUUCCUGCAACUGCCACUUCUUUAAUCACCAUGCUAAAUGUGAAAGACCUUCUGCAAGAUCUGACAUUUGUCUCAUCUGAUGAAAAGAAGAAACAAGGUUGUCAACGACAACAGGAAAUUCUGCUACUGAGAUCAAAAUAUCAGAUGCAGCCAGGGGGCCCUGCAGUUAGGUUCACUGUACCUUAUAAAGUGGUUGACCAGCCCCUUAAACUUAGGCCUCAAGACUGGGACCGGGUUGUGGCAGUGUUUGUUCAAGGUCCUGCGUGGCAGUUCAAAGGCUGGCCAUGGCUUUUGUCUGAUGGAUCACCAGGUGGCAUUUUUGCUAAAAUUCAAGCCUUCCAUCUCAAGUAUGAGGAAAUUUCUCUAGAUAAAAAUGUCCAAAAAUGGGCUGUAACAGUAUUAGAAGUCAACUCUCACAAACGUUAUCUGGACAGGCCAGUGUUCUUGCGGUUCUGGGAAGUAUUGGACAAGUACAUGGCGAAGCAUAAAUCCCACCUGAAAGUCUGA